GGGGUCGGGUGGGUAUGCAGCUGUCAGUGAGGAGUACAUGUCGAGAGGCUUCGUCUGAGAAGAGCGGCGGAUAACCCAGGAACGGUAGUAAUAUGGGCAAGCUGCGUAUCAUCUUGAAGAUCAAAAAUUCUAGGUUUCAGAAAGACAGCUUCCGACAGAUCAUGUCAAAGUGUGUUUGUGAGUCUGUGGCUUUCAGGGGCUCGCUAAGGAGGCGAGGGAGACAAAGACUAGAGAAGGCAUGCCGAGUGAAUAUUCGCUCAGCCAGUUUCAUUACCAUCGCACAACCAAACUUCCUCAAUUCAGUCGACUAUACCAACCUCCACAUUAUUGAGAAAUCGAAAAGAAUGAGAAGCUCUCAAAACUCAAUAUGGCGAACUUCAAUUCUUCUCCGCCGUUAUUUUCUCCUGAUCUCUCUCCUUCGGGACUUUUCUUGCUCAAACACUUUUCCACUUCAUCAUCGCAAGGACCAGCUUGCUUUCGCAAAUCACCAAAACGAUCAGCUUUCAACAACAAGUUCCAAGACAGCAUCAAGUGAGUGUUGAUGAGUGCCAGUUGAGUCGUGUGCACAAGUGUUGCCCAGCACUGGCUGGGUUCGGCGCCGUUUCUUUUGCAUGGCUGACAUCGGUUUGCAGCCAUCAACAAUGGGCAAAAUCGAGAGAAAGAGUCUCAAGGGCUCCAAGAGCACUGACAAGCCUAAGGGCAACAAAAGUGAGUCGACUUCCUCUGUCCUUUGGAAACCGAUCCUCAUACGGUAGCAGAAAAACCACCUCGGCAGGG